UAUAGGUUUUGUCGACAUUCAUUUCAGAAGGCAAUGAAUGAUUGAAAGUCCUCGUGCCUGAAAAAGCUUGAAACUUAAAUAAAAAAUGCUUGGAAAGAGAGAUCACGAAGCAGACCUCUCCGAAACAAGUUAUCAUCAAUCGAAAUUCCCUAAGCUUCACGAAGAUGCCGUGGGUGACAAAUUUGUCGUUCAAACUGAUCCAAAUGGUGGAGGAAAAAUUCUGCUCGUUAAUGGAGAUUCGGGUGGCAUAUCUGAGGAACAAGUUAAUGUAGUGGGCACACACAGUGAAGAAAGUGGUGGAUAUUUUCCUGAGUUUCUUGGUCAUCUUGAAAGCAACUGUUUCCUAAAAAGUUCAUUACCUUGGGGAAAACAUUCAAUUUUGGAACUAGAAAAUCCCUCUAAAUCAGACGAUGGGCCAAUUCUUUGGACUAGACCGGGCGAACAAUUAGUGCCUACAUGUGAUAGUAAAAAUUCGCCAGCAAGAGAAAGGCAAGAUGGCAUUUCAGCGAUGUUUUCGUCGCCACGGUCGAAGCGGAAAGCAAGGGAAGUUAUGUUCGCCGACAGAACAAACCCUCACGCAGAUCACUCAGGAGAUGGACUUGAUCGACGAACUGUAGCUGCAGUUGGGCUUGUACAAGCAGUGAAUCCGGAUCAUAUAUCAAACUCCUCGCGGCUAGAUCGAGUAGUGAAAGAUAUUAUUUGUUUUGAAGCUCCCAGUUUUAACAAAGUCGUGGACUUACUAAGGCUUGAUUUAUUUGAGCCGCCGGCAACUCAAUGCCCAGAGUGGAUAGAUGACGCAAAAUUGAACCUGAUGGCAAGGGAAGGUGUUCGGUAUUCGAAAAUAAAAUUAUAUCACAAUGAUAUCUACUUCAUACCCCGCAAUGUUGUUCACCAGUUCAAAACAGUGUCAGCAGUUACCAGUGUAGCCUGGCAUCUUAGAUGGAAAGGCUACUAUACAGACGACGAUAAAACAGAUAGUCUUAUUUCAGCGUUGACCUCCAGCUCUGCAUAACUUAAAUCCAUUUGUAUUUGUAAUGUAGUUAGAUUGUCCUGUA